AUGAUCCUCACCACCAUCAUUGCAAACUGCAUCGUCCUGGCUCUGGAACAGCAUCUUCCGGAUGGAGACAAGACGCCUCUGUCUGAACGACUGGAGGACACGGAGCCCUACUUCAUAGCCAUCUUCUGUUUUGAGUCGGGGAUAAAGAUCCUGGCUCUGGGUUUUGCGUUACACAAGGGCUCCUAUCUGAGGAACGGCUGGAACGUCAUGGACUUCGUGGUCGUGCUCACCGGUAUUUUGUCGUCAGGGGCAUCUCAGCUUGAUCUGAGGACACUACGAGCCGUCAGAGUGCUGCGACCACUGAAACUGGUGUCUGGGAUUCCCAGCCUGCAGGUUGUGCUCAAGUCCAUUAUGAAGGCUAUGAUCCCCCUGCUGCAGAUUGGCCUGCUGUUGUUCGUGGCCAUCCUCAUGUUCGCCAUCAUCGGCCUGGAGUUCUACAUGGGGAAGUUCCACACUACGUGCUACGACAAAGUCACACGAGAGGUAGUGGACGAGUUACCAUGUGGCACAGAGUUGCCGUCCCGGUUGUGUCCCAACGGCACAGUGUGUGAGGGUCGCUGGAUUGGCCCCAACUACGGCAUCACCCAGUUCGACAACAUCCUGUUCGCCGUGCUCACCGUCUUCCAGUGCAUCACCAUGGAGGGAUGGACAGACAUGCUCUACUACAGUAACGAUGUGGAGGGCAGUGCCUGGAACUGGAUGUACUACAUCCCCCUCAUCAUCAUUGGCUCCUUCUUCAUGCUCAACCUGGUGCUGGGUGUACUCUCAGGUGAAUUUGCCAAAGAGAGAGAGCGAGUGGAGAACAGGAGCGAGUUCCUGAAGCUGAGGCGACAGCAGCAGAUUGAGAGAGAGCUCAACGGAUACCUGGAGUGGAUCUGCAAAGCAGAGGAGGUGAUUUUGGCUGAGGAGGACGGCACGGGGAACUUUGAUGGUUCGAGGCGAAGGCCAACCAUCAAAACCAAAAACAACAAGACAGAGCUGCUGAACCCUGAGGAAGGAGAAGACAACAUUGGAGAUGCAGUAGGUUUUGCCCGCUCCAGUAUAAAAAGCGGUAAGGAUGGCUCCAAUUACAGUAAGAAGGAGCGACGACUGCGAUUCUUCAUCCGGAAGAUAGUGAAGACGCAGGCUUUCUAUUGGACGGUGCUCUGCCUGGUGGGCCUCAACACCAUGUGUGUGGCUGCGGUGCAUUACGAUCAGCCGGUGCUGCUCUCUGACUUCCUCUUCUAUGCAGAGUUUAUCUUCCUCGGUUUGUUCAUGUCUGAGAUGCUGAUCAAGAUGUAUGGUCUGGGCAUGCAGCCCUACUUCCACUCUUCAUUCAACUGCUUCGACUGUGUGGUCAUUGUGGGCAGUAUCUUCGAGGUGGUGUGGGCCACCAUCAAACCAGGAACAUCCUUUGGGAUCAGUGUGUUACGAGCUCUGCGACUGCUCCGCAUCUUCAAAGUCACCAAGUAUUGGGCUCCUCUUCGAAACCUCGUGGUUUCUCUGCUAAACUCCAUGAAGUCCAUCGUCAGUUUGCUGUUCCUCCUCUUCCUCUUCAUUGUGGUCUUUGCCUUGUUGGGGAUGCAGCUGUUUGGAGGACAAUUCAACUUUGAAGGUGGAACCCCAUCUACUAACUUUGACACGUUUGCAGCAGCGAUCAUGACGGUGUUUCAGAUCCUGACAGGAGAGGACUGGAACAUGGUGAUGUAUGACGGCAUCGAGUCCCAGGGAGGCGUGAACGACAAAGGGAUGGUGUUCUCCAUCUUCUUCAUCGUCCUCACGCUUUUUGGCAACUACACUCUGCUUAACGUCUUCUUGGCCAUCGCUGUCGACAAUCUGGCCAACGCCCAGGAGCUCACCAAGGACGAGGAGGAACAGGAGGAAGCAGCCAAUCAGAAGACGGCAAUGCAGAAAGCUAAGGAAGUGGCAGAGGUUAGCCCGCUGUCAGCAGCCAACCUGUCUAUUGCUGCUAAGGAGCAGCAGAAGAACCACGCCAAGGGCAACAAGUCGGUGUGGGAGCAGAGGACGAGCGAGAUCCGCCGUCAGAACCUGAUGACGAGUCGCGAGGCGCUCUACAACGAGCUGGAGCAGGAUGACUGGAAGGUGGGAGGGGAAGGGGAAGAGGUGUCGUACCCACGGAAAGGACGUGGUGAUAUGAAGACCCACCUGGACCGGCCGCUGGUGGUCAACCCGCAGGACAACCGCAACAACAACACCAACAAGACCCAGCCUGGGGAGCUGCCUCUGGACCAGGAGUACCGGCGCCAGGACAUUGACCACUACCGCCGAGCUGCGCACCACUAUCACUACCAUCAUCACCACCAUCAGAAAACUGUCGCGCCUGACAAUGGAGAGACAGGUCAGCAGGCGGAGACCCGCAUGGAGCACGGCUUCAGCUGCACGUCUCUGGGCAACAUGGAGGCCCAGCAGGGGGAGGUGAGGCACAGCCACAGGAGCCACCGGGGCCACCGUUGCAGGAACAGGGAGGGCAGGGAGGCCCGCAGCGUGUCGCCCCACCACAGCGAGGGGGUCGAGGUGACCAACGAACACAGGAGGUCCCGGCAGCACCGCAGGGCAGCCAGGGAGGGGGAGGAAGGCAGGAGACACAGAUCCAGGGGGACGGAGGGAGAGGGCGAGAAAGGCGAGGAAGGGGAAGGACGGAAGACGAGACGGCAUCGCCAUGGCAACCAGGAGAGGAGCAGAGGACAUCGCACCAGAAAGGAGCACCACAGCACCGGGCCCAGCCUCUCCACCACACGACCCAUACAGCAGUACAACGAGGACCUGGACAACUUCCGCAACAACAGCAAACUGGCCAGUGCCCACGAGCACCCCUACGCCCUCCCACCGGAUCACCCUGACCAUCCCGACCACGUCAACAACCUGCUGAACUGCCGUGACGCAGACACACACACCCUGCUCCACAGCAUGGACAGUCUGAUCCUGACCAGCAUGGCCAAACCCAAGUACACCAAGAUAGACAUGCCACCUGUCUACCCCUACCCCUCCACCAACGCCAUCCUGCAAGUGAACAAGAACGCCAACACCGACCAGAAGAAGAAUGAGGAGAAGAAAGAGGAGGAAGACGAGGGAGGAGAUGAAGACGGUCCCAAACCUAUGCCUCCCUACAGCUCCUGCUUCAUUAUGUCCACCACAAACCCGUUUCGAAAGUGUUGUCACUACAUCCUGACGCUGAAGUAUUUUGAGUUCAGCAUCCUGUCUGUCAUCGCUAUGAGCAGCAUCGCCCUCGCUGCAGAGGACCCCGUCAACCCUGACUCACCGCGAAACAAUGUGCUGCGUUAUUUUGACUACAUUUUCACAGGCGUCUUCACAUUUGAAAUGUUGAUCAAGAUGGUGGUGCUGGGCUUGUUUCUCCACCAGGGCUCCUACUUCCGCGACUUGUGGAACAUUCUGGACUUUAUAGUGGUUAGUGGUGCUCUUGUGGCCUUCGCCUUCACGGGGAGCAGCAAGGGCAAAGACAUCAGUACAAUUAAGUCCCUUCGUGUGCUGAGGGUGCUGCGUCCUCUGAAGACCAUCAAGCGUCUCCCCAAGUUAAAGGCUGUGUUUGACUGUGUGGUCAACUCUCUGAAGAAUGUGCUGAACAUCUUGAUUGUCUACAUGCUCUUCAUGUUCAUCUUCGCUGUGGUGGCCGUGCAGCUCUUCAAAGGCCGCUUCUUCUUCUGCACGGACGAAUCCAAAGAGUUUGAGCGUGACUGCAGGGGCGAGUUCUUGGUGUAUGAAAGAGAUGAGGUUAAAGCGCAGAAGCGGGAGUGGAAGAAGUACGAUUUUCACUAUGACAACGUGGCCUGGGCCCUGCUCACCCUCUUCACUGUCUCCACUGGCGAGGGGUGGCCGCUGGUGCUAAAGCACUCAGUGGACUCCACUUAUGAGAAUCAGGGCCCUAGCCCAGGCUAUAGGAUGGAAAUGUCCAUCUUUUACGUGGUGUACUUCGUUGUCUUCCCCUUCUUCUUCGUGAACAUCUUUGUGGCUCUGAUCAUCAUCACCUUCCAGGAACAGGGGGAUAAGAUGAUGGAGGACUUCAGUUUAGAAAAGAAUGAGAGAGCCUGUAUAGAUUUCGCCAUCAACGCCAGGCCUCUGACUCGCCACAUGCCGAAGAAUAAACUGAGCUUCCAGUAUCGCAUGUGGCAGUUUGUGGUGUCUCCGCCCUUCGAGUACAGCAUCAUGGCUCUGAUUGCGCUCAACACCAUCGUCCUCAUGAUGAAGUUUGAUGGUGCAUCAGAAAUGUACGACAACGUCCUGAAGUACCUGAACAUCGUGUUUACCACCUUCUUCUUCAUGGAGUCACUCCUUAAGAUCAUCGCUUUCGGCCCUCUGAAUUUCUUCAGAGACGCCUGGAACAUUUUUGAUUUUGUCUCCGUCCUUGGAAGCAUCACAGACAUUUUAGUGACAGAACUAGGGAAUAACUUCAUCAACUUGAGCUUCCUGAGGCUCUUCAGGGCAGCUCGUCUCAUCAAGCUGCUGAGACAGGGAGAGACCAUCCGCAUCCUCCUGUGGACCUUCGUCCAGUCAUUUAAGGCUCUGCCAUAUGUGUGCCUGCUCAUUGCCAUGCUCUUCUUCAUCUAUGCCAUCAUCGGCAUGCAGCUGUUUGGGAAUUUGAAACUCGAUGACAGUGAAGACAAUGAAGAGAGUGCCAUCACUGAGCACAAUAACUUCAGAACCUUCAUCAUGGCCCUAAUGCUGCUGUUCAGGAGCGCUACGGGUGAGGCGUGGCAUGACAUCAUGUUGUCCUGCCUGGGUGGUAAGGAGUGCGACGAGGAGUCGGGGAACACCGAACCCGAAUGUGGCAGCACCUUUGCCUACACCUACUUUGUCUCCUUCAUCUUCCUCUGCUCUUUUCUGAUGCUGAAUCUGUUUGUGGCUGUCAUCAUGGACAACUUUGAGUACCUGACCAGAGACUCCUCUAUCCUGGGGCCGCAUCACCUGGACGAGUACGUAAGGAUAUGGGCUGAGUACGACGCUGCCGCCUGCGGGCGCAUACAUUAUAAGGAUAUGUACAGUUUAUUGCGAGUUAUCUCCCCUCCCCUGGGCCUUGGCAAGAAAUGCCCACAUAGGGUGGCCUGCAAGAGGCUGCUGCGCAUGGAUCUGCCGGUUGCGGAUGACAACACGGUGCAUUUUAACUCCACUCUCAUGGCUCUGAUCAGGACAGCUCUGGAUAUAAAGAUUGCCAAGGGCGGUGCAGACAAGCACCAGAUGGAUGCAGAGCUGAGAAAGGAGAUGAUGGCCAUUUGGCCAAACUUAUCCCAGAAGACACUGGACCUGCUGGUUACACCGCACAAGGCAGCCACAGACUUGACGGUGGGCAAAAUCUACGCCGCCAUGAUGAUCAUGGAAUACUACCGGCAGAGCAAGAUGAAAAAGCUGCAGGCACUGCGAGAGGAACAGAACCGACCGCCAUUAAUGUUUCAGCGCAUGGAGCCGCCCUCAGAGGGAGGGGGCACGGACGGCCAGGGGGGUCAAGGCCUCAACGGCCUCCCCAGCACCCAGCCUGACCUCAACAGCAUACCUCCUGAGGGUGGCAUGACUGAGAGCCAGUCGUGGGUGACGGCCAAAGCCCAGGAAAUGUUCCAGAAGACGGGUAACUGGAGCCCCGACAGACCCUACCCUGACGAUCUCCACGACAACCGUCACAACCCACAGACGGUAGAGAUGAGGGAGAUGGGGCGGGACGGGUACUCCGACACUGAGCCCUAUCACCCAAUGGAUGGGCAUGGGCGGACCCUCUCCAUGCCCCGCCUCUCGGCAGACAACCAACGGAGGAGACACAGGCCUCGCGGAAAUAACCUCAGUACCAUCACCGACACCAGUCCGAUGCGUCGCUCCACCUCCAGCCUGGUCCACGGCCGUUCGGGCCGCGGCGUGCGGCUGGACGACUACUCCCUGGAGAGGGUGGUGUCUGAGGAGGGGAGGCACGGAGGAGGACGCAGACACAGGGACAGGAGUCACCGGGCCUCACAGCGCUCCCUGACCAGAUACACCGACGCUGACACGGGCCUGGGCACAGACCUUAGCACCACCACGCAGUCGGGCGACCUUCCACCUAAGGAGCGCGAGCGGGACCGCGGCCGGACCAAGGACCGUCGCCACCACCAUCACCACCACCACCAUCACAGCUCCAUGGAUAAGGAGCGCUACGGCCCCGACAGGCACGACUACCCCCACAGGCAUCCCCACGACCGCCACUGGUCCCGCUCACCCAGCGAGGGGCCUGAUGGACGAGGACACAGACAGGGCAGUAGUUCGGUGAGCGGCAGCCCGGUCCCCUCCACCUCGGGGACCAGCACUCCGAGGAGAGGCCGUCGCCAGCUGCCCCAGACCCCUGCCGUCCCCCGUCCACAUGUCACCUACUCCCCCGCUGUCCGCAAGCCCAGCUACGGCCCCCCGGGGCCAGGCCGACUGCGCUCGCCCUCUCCCCGACACUUCUCCCCACCAGACCACGACAGAGGCUACCACCACAGACCCCCGUCACGCCAAGCUUCUCCCCACCACGGGGGCUCCUCCUCCCGGCACGGUUCGCCGCGCUCCCCUAGGCACCAGUCCCCGCGCUCGCCGCUCCACGGCUCACCCAGGUCCCCUCACCGAGGCCGCUGGAGCGGGCCUCCACCUGGGGACAGCCUGGAGGGCGACGGGCCCUUCUACGAGCGUGACUACGAGUACGAGCGGCACCAUGAGCCCCCCGCCUACGAGCAAAGCCUCUCCCACGGCAACCCACACCCACAUGGGGGGAAUCCUCACCCACACCCACGUUCACCUAGGACUGCCCGCCACGGGCCCCCUCCGCCCCCUCACCCGCAUCCACGUAGGGUGCCCAAUGGCUACCGCUCAUCCUCACCCUCCCCACAUCGGCGGGGGCCACCUGGGGUGCCCCCUCAUCCGCAUCACCGCCCCCCACAUGUCCGAGGGCCCCGCAAGGGCCUGCAUGAACCUUAUAGUGAGACGGACGAGGAUGACUGGUGCUAGCAACCACAGGGAGCGAGGGAUAAGGGCAGGAGAGGAGAAGAACAGCAGCUCCGGUGCUCUGGCCUUGGAUAUGUAGACUUUUAAUAAAGCAGAGGUGAUAAAAAUGUUGCGUGGGGUUGGACGCCCUCCGAACCCUCUACCUUCACCCCUCGAACUCUAAAUGAGAGGAAAGGGCAGAGGGGAGAGGGGUGAAGGUGCUGCAAAUCACCUUUUUCAGAUUUUGACUGAUGAAAUGAAAAAGAGACAGCCAAGACGACCAGGGCGAGGCCCGGGCACAGCUUACCUCUGCCUCUCUCAGUCUCAGAACUACACUUCCCAGAAUUCUAUGCUUGACCAGCGAGGCCAGGCUGCAGGAGGAAGAGAGAGGUGUGGGAACAAACAAAAAAAAAAAGCGAGGGAGGAGCAUGUGAAACCGCCGGGGAUGAUCGCGGUUUAUGAGGCCUAUAAGAGCACUUCUCCCAGACUGUCGCGCGAUUGGUUCGUUUGGUCAGAUGCGUGUCAUCUGUCGCUGAUGUAAAAGCCUGAAAACGAGCUGAUCACAGAGUCCAAUGCUUUGACUCUGCUCCUCGAACAGAUAAAGAAAAAUAAAUUAACAAAAAGCCAGGACCCCCUAACCCUUACAUGCCAAGCUAUGCCUCCAGAAAAUCAAACUUGAACAAUGAAGAACAAAAUGAAACUUUACGUGACAAACAAUGAAAAGAAAAAAAAGGGAGAACAACCACUUUAUCUUUAACCUUUUUCCUUUCCAAGGGACAGAACCAGGAAGCUCCGCCUAUACUGCAAAAACCAGCCAAUCACAGCGCUGGCUGAUAUUUGAUGAGUUUUAUCAUCUCUGUUUACUGUUAAAGACUCACUUAAAGCUGACGGAACUGGUGUGAAAUCACUUCCUGUCUGGCGGUGGUGGUAGUGCAGGGGAGUGGGGGCACGUGGGGAGGGCUCAGAUAACUAAGGAAGUCGGACACUUGGUCAAGCCCCUUCCUCCUCGGUUACUCAAGAUGACCUGACAGGAAAUGACAUCACACGGUUGAAUGGGGCGGAGGAGAGGAAAGGAGGGAUGGGGAAAAAGACUAAUUUCUUCAGUAUUUCUUCUAUCAAUUACUUCUCCUUCUUGUUCUUCUUCGGACAUUGGAGCUUGGUUCUUCUGUUGCAUUCGCUCAGCCUCCUUUGAUCUUUUUCGGAGUCCAAAAUUUGAUGGAAACCUGCAUGAUUGAUUAAAUACAUACUAGAGAGGAAAUCUAACUGGUGUGGGUGGGACCUGGGGGCUUUAUAGGAAACUUUGCAUUUAGGUUUACAAAAGAAGUUCUCUUCUUUCGGACUCUCUCUCUCUCUCUCUUACAUCUCAAAUGUAAUUUUUAGUUUUUACCGGAAACAGGUUUUGACAGUCGGCUGUUUUGUUUGUCUCUGCCGAUUUGGUUCAAAAGCUGCGUUUCUACGACCUGUUAAAAGACACUGCAGGAUUAAAGUUUCCUGUUGUGCUUGAGAGACAAGAGGGAGAAAGAGCGGAAAGAAGCGGACUUCUACCACACUUGAUUUAUUAUUGUUAAUGAUGAUAGUCUUAUGAAUAAUGAUAUCAAUGUCAAUGCAAAAUGACGAUGACAAUGAUGAUGAUACUGAUGAUUGAUUGAUGGAACUGUUGCUGUAGAUUUGUUGUCAUGUUAUUUGGAGUAUGCUAUGUCCAUCUUGUUUACAUCCGUUAUGUUUUUAUCCCCUUCUCCCCCGUUCAAUGACGUUUACCGGGUUCCUGAUGCCUUCCUGCAACGUUUCGGGGCAACGAUGGCUUGGGAAUAUUCACUUAGCAGCGUUGCGUGUUGUAACGCAACUCUUAAGAUACACUCUCUGUUCAGAAUGGUGGUCAGGGAUGCUUCGGUACCUGACCUGUAAUGAUUCGUGGGGUCAGUGCUCUUGUCAACCCAAAGAUCAAGAAGUCAGAGGAUGGGGUAGACCAGAUUAUUGGAAUGUGGAAGAGUUCGUCUGCAUUUUACACUGCAGAGGUUUCAGACAAGCCUGUUUUACUGAGGUUAACCAAGAAUUCUUCCACUUGCAGCCAAAAAACUACGAAUCUCAAUCUUCUCCCCCUGUCUGGCUCUGUAGUUUUGUAGUGCGAUCGGUUGCCGGCAGUGACAGCACAGUAUUGGUGGUACAGUGUUGGUGUCAGUCAGUAUUAAAUGGUGGUGUUCUCUUUUUUUUUUUUUUGCCACCAGGGGGGGAAGUUAUCAGCGCACAUAAUCCGCCCUGCCUUCCCCCUCUACAGGACAGCCUCCGGGCCACAUUCUGUUUUGUAGACCUGGAGUGAGACCUUAGUUGCUUCUCAAAGUCAAGGAUGCUUCCUCGGUACGAUGGUUCCUUCCAAGUCUGGUCCUACAGAGGCUAGGCAAGACUACUUCAUAGCUUUCAGUGAAUUUACAUUAGACCAGGUUGGCCAGUGCCCAGGUGUCAUUGAAGAGGUUUGCUGUCAAUUCUGGCAAAUCAUUUGAAAAUAAUUAUGCCCGCUGAGGAUACUCACAUGCAUCCUUGAAAAUGCUCAGAAGGAAGGACUCUGUCCUCUGUAGAGUUUGAAGGAUCCUUGAAAUCAGAACAGUCCUUCAGCAGAAUUCGAUGAUGUACUCCUAGAAAAUCAGCCAUCCUCCCUUGACUUUGAGAUUGUCUCUUAGACCCUGUUUAGACCUGGUAUUAGCAUAUGCUUUGGUGAUCCAAAUGCAAGUGGACAACCAAAAAAACAUCACCAUUUAUGCCUGUCCCUCUCAUGCGUCUUCAGCUGACCACUUAUAUUCAGAGUUCAUUACUGCCCCACAAACAGGUGUUGCGUCCACACUUUUGCUAGCUGCUCUGUAGCAUGCUUGCUACUUUGCAGUUGUGUCAGGACACCUGAAAAUGCUGCUGUCAAUAUUAACAAAGCGUCUCCUUUCAUCGGGCAAAAUGAGGGAAGGUCACGCAACACUUUGUCCAAUUUGACAUACACUGGGUAGGUUACAGAGCAUUAGUGCGCUGUCACCAAAAUAACCACCAUGACCUGCACUAAUGAUGUUGUUCUUGUCAGAGAUGCAUCAGGACUUCUUUUGCAUUUAUCCUACAAAACAUGUGGUCAAAUGCGUCCCAGACCACCACAGCAAGUGGCUCAAGUGAUCAGAUGGGAAGUUUGUCUUGGUGGCUGUUUAGUAUUUAGUGCUAUCCAGUUAUGAUCAGAUCACCCAAGAUGCUGAUGCCAGGUCUAAACAGCGUGCUAUGUCUUUGUAAGAUAUAUAGAUGAGGUCCAGUCCUAGUCAGGAAACAAGGACAUAGCCUGAGAGACGCCAUAUCUGUCCGUUUGUCGGCCUGUCCCUCUGUCUGCCUGUCUGUGCCAAUGCUGACCCCCCCACUCUCCAAUCCCUUCUCUCAGGUCUGGAUAACCAGAGAACAGUCACCAAAAUCACAGAUCCAAUCAUACGUGAGGUUGUAGCAAAGCUGAAACUUUCUCUGCCAAAACCCACUUCAGUAUCCACCAACCUCUUUCCUCAUCUUUCUUUUUCUGUCCAUUUGCUUUGACAUCUUUCAGCUUGCCAGAGAGACACAAAAAGGCAUCACAGGACAGAAACACUUAGGACUAAUAAUUUCAUCCUUAUUGUUAUGAGGGACAACAAUUAUUGAAUAUUCAAUAACUCUAGGACAAGAUGAUAAAGCAUAGAUAAAUAUAGAUGAUAAACAUAUAAAUCUAGAUAUGAUACAGUAGAUGUAGUUAUAGAUAACAGAGUAUAAUUAGAGUUUCAGAUAUUUAUUUAUUUUGCAUACCGUUCAUGCUCAUGACACGGUAGACGAUCUAGCUACUCUUGAGAAACCUCGCACUGUUCUCUUCGCAGUCGCAGAAGCCAGAAAACAAACCCCAGUCCACGUGUUUUGACUCUAUGCAGACCUCAUAAGCAUCCUCAUCGUAUUAUUUCGGAGGAGAAAACUGCAACGCUGUGGUACUGUAAAAGAACGAAACAGGAGCACGCAGAGCUGAGAAAAUGUGAAGAUCGACACCACGUUUGCACACGUCUCUUGACAUCGCACACAUACAGUGAAACCCCUUCCUUUCAUUUGUCCCUCUCCCGGCUGAUCCCUCCCCAUCUUUCUCUCCUCUCCCGAAAUGUGUUGCCUCCAGGCCUAGUAGUUGAGCAUAGCGUAGUGAAGUGGGAAUAGGGGGGGUUGUUUUUUGUUUGUUUGUUUGGCGGGAGACGAGGGGCGCAAACCCUUCUGCCAGCACCUCCCUAUCAAGUGAGGUCACGGCAAGUGGGGAAGCUUCCCCAAAACCCCCUACAGAGCCACAGUGCCUUCUGUAUCUGAGUCACAUUUGUCACCCUCCAUUCUCCUCGCCCUUUGCCGCUCUCGUCCACCCCCCCCUUACCCUCUGUAGUAAUCAAGAUCAACCACACUACGCCUUAAAAGUCGCGUCCCACCGGCUCCCAUGCUAGCAUAUAAAAAGGGAGAGCGGUGAUUUUGAGACUGGGCCAUCGGUGAGGAAAUAGCCAAGAGGCUAGCCUUGAAAAAUCAAUCAGUGUGUUAACAUGUACAUGAAUAACCUGUUUAUGAGGCUUAUUCCGGUUAUGGUUUUAUUUGGGAUAUGGUGUUUAAAUGAGCACAGAGAAUUCAGGUAAUUCAUAUUCCCUGUUUACAAGAUAAAUAGUAGUCCUGGGUACUGAUUACUGCAGCGUUAAUACAAGUUAAUCUGACAUUCUCAUAUCCUGUAACUGUAAAAUAAUUUGAUUGUGGCUUAAAAUGAAUCCCCUCUCACUUUUAAUGUAUUUAGCACUAUUAAAUGCCAGCAGAGUUAGAUCUUCAUUUUGAACAUAAAAAAUAUAAUAAAAGCCAGAGAAAAAACACCAAA